AUGCAUCACUACAUUGCAGUGAGUGAUGAGUACAUUAGCAAAUACGAAGCAGCUGUGUCUUGUGGAGCCAAGCUUGCUGAAAAUGAGGUACUCAAGGGGUCUCAUAUCUCGAAGCGAUCAUCUGACAAUGCAACUGUCCAAGAACUUUGGUCAUCAGAAGAAGUCUUGAAGACUUUCGUCAACUUAACAUCUAACUGCAGCGUCCCGCAGGUGAACGCGCUGGAUUCUGGCGGUCGAGUGAAAACAAUAAUAGCUGAUUAUCUUGCUCAGGUCAACACAAUACUCACCGAAUUGAAGACUUUCGUGAAUAAUCAACAACAAGGAGAAGAGGAUUUCAUUCUUGCAAAU